AUGGGCCAACAACUUUCGGAGGUCACAGCAACCCUGCCGCUGGGCAUCUGCGGCUUUGACCAGUGGGUGUGGGCCGGGCAGGCCGGUGCGGUGUGGGAGUGCUGGAAGUUGGCGCCGUGCUGCGGCUCUCCUGACUUCUUCGGCGUCAUGUGCUGCCUGGUGCACUGGAUCUGCUGCAUUCCGUGCGCCGCAUGUAAAUUGUAUGCCUCGAGCUUGGACGAGCCGUGUUCGUGUUGGCCACAUUGUUUUUGUAUUCUCUGCCUCCCACUUGGGCGUCUCUUCAUACGCUACAACCUGCGCAAAAGGAACGGCUCGCGAGGCAACAUCAUUGGUGACUGCUGCUGCGUCUGCCUCUGCCUGGCACCAUGCGCGUUCUGCCAGGAGUUGCGGAGCGUAGGACCUGGCGCGUGGCGUCUUGUGCCGGAGAUUCCACAGCUGGCCCUUAUUUCGCCCUCGCAGCGCUUCCUGCGCUAA